UUCAAUUUGCAUACUUAAGUGGGCUGUUUACACAUUCUUUCUUCACUUCCAUCGACGGCGACGAUGACGCCGUAGACAGCGCUGACAACGACGUCUUCGUCUCCGCCGGUAUCAGUGUCAUCUUCUUGCUGCUGUUUACCUCUGUAAUCAUACGAUCUUCUACCUUUAUCUCUUUCACCUCGAUCACUCGUGAUCUCCGUUAGGCUCUGCAAUACCAUGAGCCGACCUUUCAUGGGUGGACAUAACAAAGGCCACGGUGGUCGCAGUGGUGGUGGUAAUAACUCUGGAGGUCAAAGCAGGAUUGGUGGGACAGGGGGACGGGGUCCAGGAGGAUUCAAUAGCCCUGUCGUUUACAAGGAAAACGUUCUGGCACGGAUUCCUGACCACCUGACGCCAGACAAGCAAAACAAGCUUAUCGCUGUCCUUCGGAAGGUACCAGUGAAGGCGACGCGUCCAACACGCCCUGACUUCGGUACCUUGGGCAAGCACAUCGUUUUGCGCUCUAAUUUCUUCCCAAUAGAGCUGCCCGAGGGCCCUCUGUAUGAAUACGAGGUGAAGAUCGAGCCAACGACUUUUUUGAACAGGCGCAAAGAUCGUAUCUUCCAGUUGCUUGAGGCCAGCCCUCAGGUUCAACCCUGGCUAGGCUUCAUUGCUCAUGAUAGAAGCACACGCCUCGUAUCUGCUGUGAAGUUCCCGACUUUGAGCGUAGCAGUACCGUUCUAUGAAAAGGACCAGGAUGGCCCUUCAUCUGGUGCCAUUACCUACCAGAUUUCCAUCAUCUUCAAGGUCGAGCUGAACUUCGAUGAACUCUCCAAAUACCUGAAUGCCAAUGAGGAAUACCGGGACUACGAUCCAUUGCCCAUUAUAUCUGCCUUAAAUUUGGUACUGCAGCAGAAUGCCAUGCGCACAGGUGUACGUAUUGGGCAGAACAAGUAUUACUUUCAGCCGCCUCCUAGCGAGCACAAGUCCCUGGGGCCCAGCAUUGAGGCAUGGAGAGGCUUUUCUAUAUCUGUUCGGCCAGCUUAUAAGCAAUUAAUGGUUAACAUAAAAGCAUGUAUGGCCCCAUUCGUCAAGCCAGGCAACCUUGCAGAUGUUCUUGAACUGUUCAAUCGGGAUUCUCUGGGCGGGAUGCCGACGCUUCCCAAGGGCCUUGCCAGGAGCAUCAAAGUCGUCACCACCUAUCUUGGACAUAAGCGACGCUAUAAACUCUGGGAUAUUGGCCACAAAUCUGCACAAAAUACUACCUUUCCUUGCGAAGAAUUUGAAAAGAACGACAUGUCAAUCGAAGAAUUCUUCAAGAAAAAGUAUAAAAUUGAUCUGAUUCAUGGAGCUGACCUUCCAGUGGUCAAUGUUGGGAAUGCCAAGAGACCAGUAUGGCUGCCUGCUGAACUGUGCACGAUUGAAGCUGGGAAUCCGUACCGAGGACGGUUGAGCAAUCAAGAAGUAGCACAGAUGAUCCGACACGCGUGUAACCCCCCACACGUUAAUGCGGAGUCUAUAACUGGGGAAGGGUUCAGCAAUCUAUCUCUCUCGCCUCCCCAGCCACCCGUAGAUGGGUUUGGCAUUUCCAUUGACCAGGAAAUGGCCGUCAUCCCCGCUCGUGAACUCCCCCCUCCGGAGUUGUCGUAUGGUCAAGGAACGCGCAGGGUUACCAACGGUUCGUGGAACAUUCUCGGGUCUAAGUUCCAUCGCGGUGCGACUAUCGACGGAUUCUGGGUCCUCCCUAUACGAGAGCGAAUAAAUAAUAAAUAUCCGCCCCCAAAGGAUAUCAAGCCGUUGAUUAUGGCGUUCUUGGAGAAGCUGCAAUCAUCUGGGAUGAAUGUCCCAGCGGGAAUGCCGCGAUUACUGUACCCGUUGCCGAUCCGGGGAGGGAUCAAUUCUCUGAAUACUAUCAGAUCGUGUCUGCAGAAUGCGAUGCAAAACGGUCCCAGGCCCAGUUUUGUGCUAGUACUGUUAAUGCAUAGGGACAACUUCAUCUAUCCUGGUGUCAAAGUUACGAUGCAGCUUGAGAAUGCUAUGAAAGUAGAGAGACAGGACCAAUACCUUUCGAAUAUCGCAUUGAAGGUGAAUAUCAAGCUUGGAGGGAUCAAUCAUAAGGGAUCGACGUUACCCAUCCCUACCCCAGGGACGAGAUUUGGCACUCCAUCUAUCGCGGCGGUCGUGGCAAGCGUGGAUGACGACUUCGUCCAGUUCCCUGCGAGCAUGAGGAUUCAAAGACCUGAUACUAAUAAGCAUUCGAAAGAGGUUGUCGAGGAGCUGCAACAUAUGAUGCUCGAGCGUCUGUUAGCUCACAAGAAGAAAAACGACGCUUUGCCGGAGAGGAUUCUUGUGUUCCGAGAUGGUGUUUCCGAAGGCCAGUAUAAUAUUGUGAUUCGAGAAGAAGUCGCGCAAAUUAUGGAGGCUGCGAAGAAACUCGAUACCAAGGACGGGGAGACGUACAAACCCCUUGUAUCUGUCAUCAUAUGCGGGAAGCGCCAUAAUGCUCAGUUCUACCCUACAGAUAGGACGAAUGCAGAUAAGAAAGGCAACACGAAACCUGGAACGGUGGUUGACCAGGGGAUUACCGGAGUGUUUGACUAUGAUUUCUAUCUCCAAGCCCACGCCGGUCUUCAGGGUACGGUCAAACCGACGCAUUACGUUGUCAUCUACGACGAGAACGAUCUUGGUGUGGAUGAUCUUCAGAAGGGGACGAACGAUACGAGCUAUCUAUAUGCACGGUCCACGAGGGCUGAUGAUUCCUCGACUGUUUCUGGGUCGCUCAAUCGGGAUGAAGAGGCAGCGAGAGUAUUUGAUGCUGCUCAGGAGGCUUGGGGCCAUGGGCUUCACGACGAUAUCAAGGAUAGUAUGUUCUAUAUCUAGAGCCAAGAAUUUAAGAGGAAGGAAGAUGUCUGACUGUAUAUGCUGGUGUGCUUUCUGUAUCUCUUGUAUUGCUGUUGCUGUCGAGUUGCUUUCGUGAUGCCAUGUUGUAAUGCCAAUAAAUGGGCUUUUGAUUGUAUGUUAUCGCUCAUGUCUCCAGGAUGAUCAUAAAUAACGACGAGACUCAAGUGUCAUAGGAUGGACACUGGCGAAGGGCAGGGUUGAUCCCUGAAGUGCCCCGCCGGGGUCCUACCACCGACGUUCUACCACCGACGUUUACGAGCCAGAAUUUAAGAGUUGGGUCUGCUCAAGGGCUUCAGACUGCGGUUUUCGUUCUAGGAAUUGGGAUACCUGAUGAGUUGCUAAAUCAUGAGUGGGGCGUGAUUGUUCCGCCGAUUGCCAUGUUUGUAGAAAACGGGCUUUCGUCCACGUCAGCAAC